UCCCAAGAAGUGAUCCAAUUACUGCAGGUUUAUUACUUGGCCGUUCGACGGGCCUGUAAAAACGACCGUUUCAUUGUACCGUCAGCUGCGUUGGAUACA